CUUCCUCUACCAUACUCCUCCCAUUUCAACUCUCUCUCUCUCUCUGCUUCAUAGUUCAAACAAUGGCAAUGGCGUUGUUCCACUUCUCUUUGCUUAUCUCUCUCCUCCUUUCUUCCAUUCUCUUGUCGAAUCACUCAGUCAAAUGCGAUCAUGGUGAGGAGGAUGAUCUUUAUCAGGGAAUCAACAAGUAUCGGCAAUCAUUAAACUUGACAUCUCUAACAAUGAAUGACAAUGCAAAUUGCUUAGCUGAAGAAAUAGCUGACCAGUUCAAGAAUCAACCUUGUACAAAUGACACAGGCGCUAACACAGUACCAGGUACAGAGCCUCAGUUCUCCAACUAUCCGGACCUUUUAAAUAAAUGUCACUUGAAUAUUUCUAACACAAGGGAUGGAUCUGUAAUGCCUGCUUGUGUUCCUGGCCUGGUUCCGAGCCUUGUCCUUGCUAAUUUCACACAAUCUCUCUACUCGGAUAGUCUCAAUGACUCCAAGUACACAGGAAUAGGUAUUGGUUCAGAUGAUAACUGGAUUGUUGUCGUACUGACCACUAACACUCCUGAAGGGAGCUUUGUUCCUGAGACUUAUAAUGGUGCCAAUUUGAUUUCUAAAAUUAGAUUUAUUUACUGCCUAAUGCUCUUGUUAGUUGGUAACUUUUUCCUGCUGUGAACAAGAGGAGGCUGUUCAUUGUUCCCUUUUUUAAGCAUUGUUAAUAUAGAUGGUCGCGGUAUAAGUGUUGUUUCAAUAUUGCAAGCCUCUUUAGAAUGGUAGAGUAAGAGGAAUAGGGGGAAAAGGCAUUUUUCCUCAAGGGCUGUUUUCUUACUGUUGUCAUUAUCAACAGUUUUCUUUUUCUUUCUUUUUCUGAAAGCAUUACAUUUGCCAAAUCAGAAUAGGAGGCAAUAAAUGUAGC